AUGGACCCCCCUCAUCCCCUAAAAUCAUUAUUACAGCUGCAACUAGUUUCUGACCCGUCCACUGUGUUGAAUAUCUCCUAUGUCUUAACCCAUUUGACCCAGGAAUAUUUUAUACCCUCACCUCAUCUGCAGAAAUGGACCACACGCAUUACAUCUAUGCUCCAUUCAAAAGAUCCUGGAGCUCGAUGGGCCGCCCUAUGCCUCGCACAUAAAACCUCCCUGUUGUCGAAAUUUACGAUGGUAGAGUGCUCCCAAACUUGGUUAGGUGUUGCACUACCUUUGCUUUCGAAAAAUGAACCAUUGCCUAUCCUGAAAGCAUCCAUUCGAUUUCUACAUCACGUUUUUAGUGCUACAACCGAUGUACCAGAGUUUCAGCGACAAGUAGUCACGCCAAAUAUACCAAAAUUCAGUCUUGCCCUCAUCAGUCUCGCUGAAAAGCAACAUGAUCUAGAACUCAAGACAUUAGUUCUCGAUACCAUAGCAAGUCUGGUCCCUUUACAUCCUACUUCGCACCGAGGAGUAACUUCUGCUUUGAACGCAAUGUGCUUGCGGCUCUUGAACGGUUCUGCACCUCAACCUACGGACCGGAUGUUACUUGAUGCGGCUUCUAAUCUGUACGCUGUUUUACACCUUACGGGUGGUAAAGUCGGUGCUGCCAACGUGUGGAGAAAGUCCAUCGAUGAAACUCUAACAUUCUCUUGGAAUGCUCUAGCAGUCCUCAGGACAACAUUUCCAGGGCAAAAUUUUCCCGUAUCUCAACAUGGCGCUCCCAUAGAUCCUUUAGGUUCAAUACCAUUGAAUUUAGACAGAUUACGAUGUGGUGUUUCUGUUUUACGUGAUUUACUACGGUCCACAACUCAGCGUCCAGUACAAGUACCUAUAGGACCUUUGGUCGCUUUUUGCACGGGACUUCUUAGCUGCACGCCUGGUGAUCAGGUAGAUGGCCAUAUUGAUCCCGUUGUAAGAGCUAUGGAGGUAGCAGUCGUACCACAAAUUUGGAAGCUGUCCUGUGAUCUGAUCACCAGUCUAGCCAAAGCUUUGCGGUUCCACCUGACACCCUGUUUAUCACGGUUAACCGCCAUGCUCACUUAUCACCUCGAGCAGAAACUCUCAUCGGAUCAGCGUUUACCGUUUCUGCAAGCUUCUUGUGUUGUGCUGAGAAGCUGUCAUCCUCUUCACUCCGAACUACCUUCAAACCGGCUCGUGAAAGCCAUACUGCCUUCCUUGAUUACCGUUCUCGCUACCAAGUCAGAAACAUUGUCCGAGAACAUGGCCGAUUCUAGUCUCAGCAAAAAAAGCAAAAAGCGAAGGCGUGAAUAUGAAGGUGAUGAAGUAUUCAAGAUAUCCAGAAACGUCCUUUGCCCCAAUGUCGAGGAUGGACAAGUGAUCCUUGCCGCACUAAAUGUACUUCAACUAGCCAUGCAAAAUCAAAGUACCGCUUCUGCUAUACACUCUUUGGGGUCUCGUGUACUCUUGUCCAUGUCACUAUCGUUACCUAUGAUGCUGCCGUCCGCGUUAUCUCCAGAUGUAGGCUUCCAUGGCGAACUUCUUGGGAAGGUACGCCAGCUCUGUACUGAAGUCGCGCACGGGACAACUAGUACCAUGAGCAAGAGUCUUGGUCUUGUCCUCAACAGCAUUGUGAACGAUGGGAAUGAGCAUCUACUGUCAACAAGUGUAAAUCUCCAGCACGAUGUAAACCUUCUUCUGCAUCCUCGAGGACCACCAUUAGUUCGUUCCCUUCCCCACGUCGAAACCUUGUCGCUUUUUCGCGCGGAGGAGGGUAACGAAGAAAUUGCAGCUCGCAAAUCUCUGGGCAUCGUAGAAAACAAUCAUCAAACCACCGAAGAGCCUACUUCAGGUGAAAAGAUUGAGUCAAGUUCAGUGUCCUUACAAGGAAAGCCUAUGGGAAAGGCAGCUCAAACUGUGGAUACACCACAAGAACUAAGUGCGACCACAUCCCUAUCUAUUCCAAAAACGCCCAGUACUCAUCCGGACAACUUGACAAAUGUAAUCCUUUCAAAUAAAUCACCCACUUCUGUAUCAGCUUCCACGCUACCCCGGGAACCCGAUACACUCCCAUUGUCAGUCGAGAUCCAGAUCUCUAACCGCCCUGACGCAUCAGCUUCCACCUUUGUCCCAAGUACAUCUUUGAUGGCUGUGGAUGAAGAAGAAGAUGACGAGGAUAUGCCUGCAAUCAAUAUGGAUUCCGACUCGGAUGGAUACGAGCCUGGUUAUCUCAACUAUGAGGCAGAAAUAUAUUUCCGAGCACGUUUCUGCCGCGGGCUCCCAUCCAUACCCAUGCUUUCCUCGUCUGAGCCAUGA